GACCAACUCUACUUGCGAAGGACCAAGCGAAGCCUGACGAUUGAGCGCGGCGCAAGGAAGGCGUUCACACCAACGAGGUCGACUUUUCGAGCGGGUGUGCUGCGAUAAGGGACACUCGGACUCACUAUAGCCAAGAGCUGCCCCACAAACAUUAGGAGGACGACGACGAGGGCGAAGACGUGCCGACCAAGCUCGCGUGACCGAGAGAGACCAACACUAUCGCUAAGGCUCAAUUCCUGGAUGCGGACGCGAUAGGAUCAGAGCAUGGGGAUCUGGCAAGCGGCGACGGCUCCUUUGGGCAGCAGGGGUGAGGCUAAGAGCAGAGAGGGACCGCAAGCACCCCUAGCUGCCCCCACGCUGCUGGCGGAUGCGCAAUCACUGCUGAGGCGCUUUGUGGCUUAUGUCGACCCAACUGCACUCAGGGGCCUCAGCCAAGAGGAUGGUGCAGAGGUAGACGAGGUGCCAAUCGCCGACUGGAACAUACUGCAUACUUCUUCGACGGGCGCACCCUCGAGCAUGCCGGAUCUGUCUCCGUCCAUCGUCGUACGUGCACAUCCUGCAACCAACAAACACCUCUUUUCGGUCCAGUUCGUCGUUCCUGGCGUCACGGCCCGCCAGUUCUGGACGCUGAUGGCCAACACCACCAACCGGUAUCUGUGGGACGGAAGCAUCGAGGAAGGCGAUGUCAGGCGUUGGCUGCACGCGGACGCGGAGCUCGACGAGCGAGAGGCUGGAAUUGCGGCUGCGCUUGGUGCAAAGGUCGAGUACAUGCGCUUCGGUUCGAUCAUGCUCGUGGCAAGCAAGCGAGACAUGGUCCUCCUCACUGCUGAUACCCGUCUCGACUCCGACGACGCCUCGUCGCCCGAAAAGGUCCGUCUCGUCUCGGCAAGCUGCUCUAUCGAGGAUCCCUCGUUGCCUCCGAGAAAAGGCUACAGCCGCUUUCCACUCAAUAUCGGCGGUUUUCUCGUCGAAGAUCUGGGCUCCAGCGGUCUGCCGGGCGACGACGAUGUGAGCCAAGCGGCGAUCAGAGUCACCCAAGUCUCGGACUUGGGCGAAAUGGCUGCCUGGGUGCCCGCGAGCGUUAUUCGCAUGGUCGCCGGCUCAAUGGUACCGAGAAGUGUAGCAGCUAUUGCAAGGAUAGCUGGAAAGCUGGAAAUCCCAGCAGUGCUGCGACAAGCUCCAACGCAGAUUGGAGAAGAAGAGCCGGCGGAAAGUAUAGAGAAGACAGACAUGCUGGAAGUGGUGGAGCUUCAGUAUGGAUUCUGGCAGCGAAAUCGCUGCAUUCCAGCGCUCGUCACCCCUGAUACCCUUGGCAUGCUGUCAGCGUCGACUGUGAGAAGACGAAGCGGAAGGAGAGUCUCGACAACGAGCUCGAAGCAAUCGCAUCACGUCGCCGCUACGCAGCCACCAGCGUCUUCUGUCUCUUCCUUGGAGUCGGCGCCUGCUCAUAGCGACCCGCCAUACGGACUGACGCUGCAGCGCCUCUCGACGCGGCUGCCAGGCUCUUCUGCACCUUCACCCAACGGUCGAAGCGCACACAAUGCCACAAACGGGUCUCAGGGCUACCCGUUCCCGACAGAUAGAGGCGAGGCUGAGGAAGAGUCUACCAUGGACUCCGACUCGGUGGGCAUUAGCAGUGGGAGAUCAAGACUGAGCAUUGCAGUUGGAAGCGGCUCUGAGACGAUCCCAGGCACACCCGAUCAGGACGACAGCGAGAGGGAAGACGAAGAAACCGAAAGUAGCGACGAAGACGGUGGCGCAGAAAAGUGCGAGUCUGAGACAGGAGGAGACAGAGAUGCGACGUGCAUAGUUCGCCAAGCUAUCGAUCCGGACGAGCAGCAUGUGACUCAGGCACGGCCGAACCUGCUUGGCUCGUCGAGAGACUCUAUGCACGUCUCGCUGGAAGAUGGCGCUCAAAGGCUUCACAGACGACUGGCGCGCCUUUCCAAGGUAUUUCACGAGCAAGGACGAAGUGCUAGCAGUGCUGGGAGCGAUGGACCGGAAAAGGAAGCAGCAGACCUUACCGCCUUGAUCGCCGAAGCCCUACAGGCAGACUUGGGGGGCGAGAAGGUGGCCAAGGGUUUUCAAGAUGGCGCAAAGAGGAAGAGCAAAGCACAACGCGAGGCAAGCCGUAUUUCAGCACUGCUCCUCUCAGGCUCAGACGCGGUCGCUAUGGCCAUUGCACCGGCUGCUCGGCAGAGCUACGCCUCUGUCAGAUCACCCCACAAGUCUGCCUAUCCUUCGGAAGUCAUCGUCGAAGAGCCAUCUGACGCACCAAUCACUGGUCUGGACGCCACUGUCAAAGGAUCUGAGGAACCUUCGAGGCGCACCCGUCUUCAUUCCCUUCAUCGAUCAGCGUCAGGCGCGUCAGCAUCGUUGGCUCCCCCAGCAACGUCGCAGGAGUUCGCAAAUGGGCUCAGACAAAGGGCAAAGGAUGCGGCAUCAAGGAGCCCUUCCUUCGCCUCCUCGCUGAGCAGCAGUGACGCCCUGAGGCGAAAAGCGCUCUCUUCUGAUAUAUCUUCCAUCGCAUCCACAAGCAGCAACGAAAUUGCAGCAUCAGGCUGGACGUCGGGCUUGAAGGACGUUCCAUACGCACUAGCACUGGGUAUUAUCUCGCUCGCCUGGGCGGGCAAACAGUCGAUCGAUGGGCACGUUGAAGAUGUCGCCGAUCAAGGAUCCCAUGAAGACAUUCUGGGCGACCCGGCAGGCUCCUCCUUUGUCAUGCCUUCAGCCUCUGCUCUGGACUCUGCUCGCAAGCUCCUUCAACGAACGACAAAUCCUCUUGUGAUCAAAGCCAGCCCCGCCCCGACACGUCAGCCUCAGAAACCCAGGCCAUCGUCGCACUACGAUCCUCAGGACAGCAAGCUGCACCCGUUCCCUGCCUCGCUCGGGAAAGCAGGUGGACACAAUCUCCCUCCUUUGGGCAUUGCAGCCAACAAGCCUGUGCUGAUGGAAUGCGCACCUGCCAAGAGCCACAAUGGCGACGAAAAUAUGGGCAGCUCCCAUCAUCCGUCCAUAAAGUCCAGCUGGUGGUUUGGCUGACGUGCUUGUUUACUGCUGCUGCUCUCUCGCAUUCAUCACGAUUCUUCGUCGUCAUCGAUGCUCCCCUUGAUGUGAUACUAUCUUGAUGCCCCGCUUUGAUGUGAUACCAUCAUAGAUGCACUUCUCCACAAAGAAGAUCUGAUGUGUUAUCGGAACACGUGCCGCGGCAUCACGGACUGAUAUCCGUCUCGUCCCUAAAAAGCACAAUUGAGGGUCCCCCAAAAUACAGCGAUCACCCUUGGCCCUCUGGCAAAGAUGUCCACCACGCUCAGCGCCGUUGGGGCGAGAAGCAAUCAUAAUGACCC